CCUCGGUGGUCCGUACACGAAGAAUAAUAUUACCUUGCGCGCGCUCUUAGCAAUCAUUAUUGCUCCUAGUUCCGAAAGUUCUACAGCAAACAACAUGUCCGAGGCAAAGUCCCCCGCUAAAAAGAAGCCAGCUGCGCCCAAAAAGCCAGCUGAGCAUCCACCUUAUGCCGACAUGAUUAAAGCUGCUAUCUUAGCGUUGAAAGAGCGAAGUGGCUCUUCCCGCCAAGCUAUCGAGAAGUACAUCAAGGCCAACUACAAGGUUGGUGAGGUCGGCUCGCACUUGAAGAUGGCUUUGAAGAGGGGUGUUACUAGUGGCAAGCUUGUCCACACCAAGGGAGUUGGUGCUUCUGGUUCCUUCAAGGUGGCCAAGGAGGAAAAGAAGGAGAAGAAGCCGAAGAAGAAGCCAGCUGCAAAGAAGAAGCCUGCUGCCAAACCAAAGAAGCCCGCCGCCAAGAAGAAAGCAAAGAAACCAGCGGCCAAAAAGCCAGCAGCAAAGAAAUCCGCCGCUAAGAAGCCAGCAGCGAAAAAACCCGCUGCUAAAAAACCAGCAGCAAAGAAACCCGCGGCCAAAAAACCCGCAGCGAAGAAGCCUGCAGCUAAAAAGCCCGUCAAGAAAGCAGCGAAGAAAUCACCAAAGAAGGCGGCCAAGAAAUAAG